CGCUUCGCCAUCUUAGCCCGGGAGAAAAGGAACGCGAGCGCGGGAAGUGCGUUCGAGAACGGGGGCGGCAACUUCACAGCCGUUUUUAUCCUCUCCCCCCCCCGCCCUCCCACUCCUCGAGCCGUUAGUCCGCGAUGGGACCCUGCGACGGUUCAAGCAUGCGGGCCCUGCUGGAGACCCUCGAGGACCCAAGCGCCUCGCCGGGGGUGUUGACAGACGCGUGGCUGACCCUCACGAAUCGCUUGACUGAAGAGGAAGAAGAUGAAGAAGAAGGAAAAGAAUUUGCAGCUGAGGUUGAAAACUCUUUUCCCCAGCUUUACAAGAUAUUUAUGACACAUAUUCCUACUGAAAAUUUGGAGUUGAGCAGUGCAGCUUUACAAGCUUUAGGAUUCUGUGUGUGUAAUCCAAAGAUUGCUUCCUUAUUAUGCGAAAUAGAAAUACAUGAACUCUUGUCUAUGUUAAACAGUGUUGCUAUAAAUUCAGGAGACAAACACAUUCGCACAAGAGCCCUCUGGGUGAUCUCAAAACAGUCCUUUCCUCCAGAUACGGUUGGAAAGUUGGUACCCAGUAUUAUUGCUAUGCUAGAAACAGUACUUCAUAAAGGAGAUUCACAUUCUGUGGUGGUUGAACACGAAGCACUAAAUGUUAUCAUCCGGCUGAUAGAACAGGCUCCAUCUGACAUGGAGGAACAGGCUGUGACGUGGGCUAAAAUGAUAAUUCCUUUGCUGGUUCACUCAGCUCAUAAAGUACAGUUAAAAGCUGCUAGCGCUUUGGAAAUGGGUCUCCCACUUCUUCAGCAGCACCAAGAGGUGAUAGCAGUCGCUGAGCAACUCCUGACUACUAAAGUAAUUCCAGAACUCCAAAAGCUAUUUUUUUCAAAACAUGAAACAUAUAUUCUGAAACUGUGGCCCCUGUUUGUAAAGCUGCUUGGAAAAACACUGCAUCAUAGUGGAAGCUUUAUCAAUUCCUUGCUGCAUUUAGAAGAACUUGGAUUUCGUAGUGGCUCGCCGGUGGUGAAGAAAAUAGCUUUCAUUGCAUGGAAGAGUCUGAUUGAUAAUUUUGCUUUAAAUCCAGAUAUAUUGUGCAGUGCAAAAAGGCUAAGAUUGCUAAUGCAACCACUUACCUCUAUUCAUGUGAGAACUGAAACUCUGGCACUGACCAAGCUUGAAGUUUGGUGGUAUUUAUUAAUGAGGCUUGGAUCUCAGCUUCCAGUCCACUUUGAACAGGUUUGUGUACCAUUAAUUCAGAACACUUUAAGCGUAGAUGCCUCUCUGCUACAAGAAAAUUCUUCACGGUUAAUUUCUAAUCAGAAUUUAGCUAUAGCGGGUUCUUCACGAAAAUCAGGGGUUUUCCCUUUUGGAAAUGUUGCCAGUCCAAGGAUGUCUUUGAAUGCUAGCAAUGAAGGAGCUGUUAUUCCAUCUAUUCAGCUUCUAGGAAUUGAAAUGCUACUUCACUUCUUUAUGGGACCAGAAGUAUUGACUUUCGCCAGGGAAAAUAAUAUUGUACUUAGUUUAGAACCUCUUCAGUGCCCAGUAAUCACCAGCCCUUCCUUUUUCUGCAAGUAUGCCAGUGUUUUCAUAAAUGCAGCUCAGGAUGGUUUCAUUGCAAUUGGAAAAGAUGUUUCUGAUUUUAUGCUCACUGCUAUAUGGAGAGAAUUAGUUGGUUUUGUGAAAGCUGCAAUUGAAUCAGGCAACAAAAGAGAUCGGCAGAAUUCAGAAGUAUUAACUAUGUUGCUGCAGACUUUAAAAAACAUUAUUUUGUCAAAAGAAUUGCCAGUAUUAAACUCAUUGCCCUUGUUAGAAGUGGCUAUUAAAGAAUUGCCUCCAAAAGUAUUGGGAUCACCAGCCUAUCAGAUUGCUGAUAUGGAUCUUCUGAAUGGAACUCCAGCACUGUUCCUGGUUCAGCUUUUAUUCUGUGAAGAUGUUCUGAAAUGUGGAGUUGAAAAUAAAAGAUUCUUUUUGAGCUAUGAAACUCUUGUGGAAUGUGCUUUAUCUGGCCCUACGUCUCCUCUGGCUUUUACUGAGUCUGUACUCACAAUUGUGAAUCAAAGUGCCCUGCACUUGGAAAAUAAGGAAUAUUUGUGGCGAAUGUGGAGUAUUAUAGUUAACCCAUUAAUUGAAUGGAUUAAACAGACGAAUGAAGUAAAUCAAGGUGAUGCUUUGGAGCAUAAUUUCAGUGCAAUUUACUGUGCAUUGUUGCUACCAGUAAACUGUAUAUUUUCAUCUUCUGAAUUUCCAGAGUUUACCAUGAAAAAACUAUUGCGUUCUUGGUCAGAACUGUAUAAAGCAUUCGCCCGUUGUGCAUUACUAGUACCAACAGCAGACGAUAACAUAUGCUGUGAGGAACUCUGUGCCAAAAUAAUAUCUGGAUUAAAAGAUGAAGCACAUCUAAAUCAAUCCAUGUUGGAUGGGCUCUCUCAUAUUACAGCAGUCAUAGUUGAAUGCGUCAAUUUUGCACCUUAUGAUAAGAAAUGUCCGUCAGCACAUAAACCUCUACAGACGCUAGUGGAAUGGGCCAAAAGGAAGAAAAAUCCCCUUUGCGAGCUGUCUUCUUUAAUUAAACUUCUGAUAAUAUUGAUAAAUACUCUUCAGAUGCUUGCAUCUGAGGAAUCUGACUUUGAACAAUUAGCUCCUGUUGGUUUUGUGAUCGUUGGUAUUCUUCACAAUAUCAUCAGCCGCGUCACUUUGGCUUCUUUCAUGAGAUCGGUCUUAGGAUUUAUUGCAAAACCUUUCACAGCAUUAUAUGAAAAAAUAAAGUCUGCUAAUCCAUCUAGAACGAGUCCUGGACUCAUUAACAAGUGUGAAAAGAUACUGGCAGACAGCCUUACUUCUUUGCGGUUAAACUAUAUUGGAUCUUUUAACAGUGAUCUCUUGGAGGAGAUUUUUCCAUUAUUAAGCGUAAUGUUUUCAGAUAAGAACAGACAGGUAUGCAGCCAUGCUGCUCAGUUUUGGAAUGCAACAUUUGGAAAAGCGCCAACCCUCGAGUACCCUGAAGAAUUAAAAAUUGUUUUAAAUAAAGCAAAACAAAAAUUCAUACUCUUACUGCCUGCUUUUGAAAGCUGCGAGAUAAUGGAGGGAUCUAGUACUACAUAUUCCUAUUGUACAGAGAAUUCCCAGUGCAGUACAAACAUCAGUGGGAUAAGAUUAAAUCCUAAUGGAAAAAGGGACUUAUUCCUAGCCCAAACCGGUGAGCCAAAGGAAGAAAGUGUUGAUUUUCACAUUACCCCUAAAAAGAUGAAGCGAGAAUUCUCGGGAUCAAAAUCAAAUAUAAAAAGCAUUCCUUUGGAAGAAGAAAAUACUGUGGACUUUGUGUACAUUCCUGUAGAAACAAAAGAGCGAGUCUUAACAGAGCACCAAAAAGAAGUUCUGAGAACUAAAAGGGAUGAUAUUCCUGUCAUGUAUAAUAAUCUGGAUAUGUCUCAAGAUGCUAUUCUGUUUUCCCAGGACACUCAGAACCAGGAGGAUUCUUUGGAGAAACCAACCAUAGUUGACAUAAAGGAAGAACAUGGCAAGAGAGAGGACAAAUUAACACCCCAGAAAAAAGAGGCAACAAGUCAUCAUCUUGUCAUCCCACAUGGAGUAACUGGAAAUUGCAAAUCAAGUGUAUCUCUGGGGAACAUUACUUCUACUGUUACUGAGCAACCUAAUAACUUUCAAAAAGAGAAGUUGGAUCUGAAAAACGAGGAGUUGAAUGUCUGUGUUCCAAUACAAUCUCCAAUAUUAGAUUCCACUUUGAAUGAAAAUCCCCCUAAUUGCAGCAGCAACUCCUCAGCUUCUAGUGAUAUAAUUUCAGGAACACCACAAGUAGUGGUGAACAGAAGGCAGGCCUUUGUAACGUUAGAAAAAUUUGAUGACUUAGAGAACAGACCAUUCAGUCCUUCCGUUUUCAAUAAUAUUUCUGUAACAUUAACAAGUCCAUUUAUCCAGCAGGAAAGCACAGUAGUUUCAGAUGUCUCUUCAAAAGAAAAGUCAAACUUGGAGAAUAAAGGUGGUUUAAAACUCAAAGCAAGAAAAACUGUCCCUGGCACAAGGAGGACACACUUAGAAUUCUUAAAUGCUCUAGAGAUGUGUGUCAAAGCAAAAAGACUUAAAGAAGAAACUACUCCUGAUCCAAAAUUGCAGCCUAACGACACGGUUGAGAUGAAGAAUUCAAGUCUUGCACAAAAUAAAACUUUGGAUGACAAAACCUCAGAACAAAUGCAAUCAGACCAAGAGGAAAAAAAUCAGGUUUCUGAUACGCAUUGCGAGGAUAAGCAUGAAUUACCUGUGGACACACAAAUACCAGCACAUUUGCUAGAUAAUCAGUCUCAGAUCCCCAGUGUCGGUGUGGCUGACAGCACAACAGUGGAGAGUAAAGUCCUCCUGGACAUAGUUAAAAAUGAAAAUGGAGAACCAAAUUUAGAGCACAAAGAGAAUACAUCUCCAGAGAUAGAUGUUCGUGAAGAAGCAGUGUCUGAUGUUAACCAGAGUCCAGACAUUUCACUUAAUCAGAAAACAUUAAGACGUUCUUUAAGACGAAAAGCAGAACCUGAUGGAGCUGUAGAUAGCCAAGAUAAAGAGAACAGUCAACAAAAGAAGGACAAGCAAAAAGAUGAUGAAAAAAUUCCACCAAAGAAGAUGGCACAAAAAAGGGAGACUUCUGGGCAAAAAGAAAAGGCUGAAAAACUUGAAAAAGCAGCAGAUGCACCAAUAUGUGUGCCUAUAAACAAUGCUACAGAAAACAUAAACUCUAAAGAGAACAGCCAGGAAGAGUUGGACGUGAGUCUUGGGAAAUCUGAAUGCAGUCCUACUGCAUCUGACCUUGAAGAAUCAGGCCCAGAUGUAUCUGUGGAGAAACUAAAAGUAUUUCCACGGUAUCAUACAAGAAGAGCAGCUUCACAAGGAUUACUUACCAGUAUGGAAAACUCUGAAUCUGAUAUCGGUGAAACAAGAGAGGAAGGAGCGAAGAGGAAAAGGUCUGGGAAAUUGAAAAAAAAUGAUCCCCCUGGGAACCAAGCAAAGGAAGAGCCAGACAGCCAAGAGCUUUCUUCACAAGAUGCAGUAGAAAUCCAAACCAGGUCAGUAGGAAAACAGAAAAUACGUUCUGGCGGAGAGACAGAUGUGCCUUCGAUGUCUAAUAAUACAAAGGAAAUCGGUACAAAGGAAGAAAAAAGUACUCCCUCGUUAAGUCCCUGUGUGGACCUUAAAGAAAAUGCAGGCUCGACAGGUCCUAGAGCCUCUUCAGAUGCAGGGAGAAAGCCUGCUAACAGGCGGGAAUCUACUUCGGAGCCUAUUUUAGAAAACAGGCAGGAAACUAGUACUCUCGACACAAGUUCUGUGGUACCUAACAAUUCAAGUGGCAUUUCAGAAGAUGAUGCUUCUGCUACUGCUAUCAGUGCCUUUCCUUCACCCAAGAGAUUUCUAGAUGUGUCUGAAUGCCAGCACAAAAGAAGCAAGCGGGCAAGGAAAUCCAGGAGCUGCGAAUGCUGUGAUGAAAAGCUGUCUCCCCAAGUGGAAAAGUUGUCCUCUGAACCGAAAAAGGCAAGCACUCCAGAACCAAAGAUAAAAGAACCAAAGAAGAGCCUUAGUAAAGUAACCGUGGCCCUGACCUUAAUUCCUGUUGCUGAAGAAAUUCAGUUUGCAGAGAAGCUGAGCAUAGAACCUUGUGCAACAAGCACCCCGCUGUCUUUCGUUAAGGAUGCCGCUGAUCGGAAAGAGGCCAGCAGUGUUGCUGAAUCUGUCAGUGGCGUCCCAAGAAACAAGGCGCCAAACGUUAAACUGGAGAAAUUAGCAUGUGUCCAAAAUGAAAGGGACAAGCCAGUUGCAGGAAUUCCAGAUGUUCCUUUCUCUGAAACAAUUUCAGAAUCCAGAUCAAUGGAUUCUCAUUCAGAAGAGCUCAGUGUUCAGGGUCAACCUUUAGAACCAAGUUCAGUGGAUUCUCAUUCAGAAGAAGUCAGUGCUAAAGAUCAGCCUUUAGAACCAGGUUCAGUGGAUUCUCAGUCAGAAGAAGUCAGUGCUAAGGAUCAGGGUUUAGAACCAGGCUCAAUGGAUUCUCAGUCAGAAGUCAGUGCUAAGGAUCAGGGUUUAGAACCAGGUUCAGUGGAUUCUCAGUCAAAAGAAGUCAGUGCUAAGGAUCAGGGUUUAGAACCAGGAUCAAUGGAUUCUCAGUCAGAAGAAGUCAGUGUUACGGAUCAGGGUUUAGAACCAGGAUCAAUGGAUUCUCAGCCAGAAGAGGUCAGUGCUAAGGAUCAGGGUUUAGAACCAGGAUUAAUUGGAUUCUCAGUCAGAAGAAGUCAGUGCUAA